GUUCGCAUUCUUUAAGAGGCUACCAGUGGUCCCUUAAAGAUUCAGGGGUCAGGGUCGGAGGCCGAAUUGCAAGGGGGAUAACGAUGCUAGUUUUUGUGAAAUGAGCGAUGUGCUAGAUGAUUCUAGAUGAAACUUGCCGACUCACAGUGUCACUCGCUGCCUCGACCUCGCUGAGGCCACGAAUUUGCCUCCCUCCCUGGCCAAAGCCUUGACAGCCUCCACAGCCUUCACAGCCUCCACAGCCUCGACAGUCUCAACACUCCUCGCUUCGGAAUUUCCCGGAAGACUCGAGGUGGAAGCGAUCCCAGAUCAAAGGCUUUCAGCUUCUCAUUGCAUGCGGAGGUCACCCACGUGUCAUCCCUGCAAACCUGACCCUGGACCAUGCUUUCUUGGCUGGUUGCUCCAGUGAUGAGCUUGGCAGGUAGCUUUCCGAGUAUGGCCAGCGAGGUUGAUUUGGGCUAUGAGAAGCAAGAAGGUUUGAAGCCGGGUUUGGGGAAGAAAAGAACGAGGGUGCCAGGAUUUACGGCCUUGCCAAGUGGCCUGCAAGUAAAAGAUGUCAACCCUGGAAGAAACGGAACAUCAGAAGCGAAAGAGGGAGACUUUGUUGUCUUCACAUGGGAAGGUUACACCAUCAAUUACUUUGGUCGUCCCUUUGAGACACAGACGCUGCAAAAGAUGGCUGGAGUUGAUCCAAAUCCUGUGAGAUGUCAGAUCGGCGAUGGCACUGUCAUCAAAGGUAUUGAUGAGGGACUUCGAGGAAUGCGAGAAGGUGGCAUACGUCAACUCUACAUUCCUGUAGAAUUGAGCUACGACGAGGAGAAGAGGCUGGGUCCCCGCCCAACGACUGCUGGUGGAAACCGGGCCCUUGACUUCGUCAUGGACAACAAAGGAGGCCUGAUGGACAAGACAUUGCUUAUCAAUGUAGCAGUGAAGCGAGUGUAUCAGAAAUGAGGCACAACAAGUGCCGCUUCUGGCCUUCACCGCACCGUUUGAAAUUGAAGCAUUUGUUGAGAUGAGAGAUGCUGCGA